AGAGCCUGGUCUGAGUUCGAGGGGCUGCUGCCGAUGAAGGCCUCCCCGGGGCAGGUGCCAACGCGGGCCUAGGGCGGCCGGGCGCCUGGCGCGGGCAAGAUGAGCUGAGGCGCGGAGUGGACAAGGCCGAGCCAGGGACGGCGGGAAGGAAACGAGGCGGGCGGCAUGGAGGAGUUUCUCCUCUCCAACGGCUAUCUCUUGGGUUCCACGCUGGGGGAAGGAACCUACUCCAAAGUCAAAGAGGCGUUCUCCAAGAAACACCAACGAAAAGUGGCGGUCAAAAUUAUAGACAAGCUGGCGGGACCAGAAGAGUUUAUGCAGAGAUUCCUGCCCCGGGAGCUCCAGAUAGUGCGCAGCCUGGAGCACGAGAACAUCAUCCGGCUGUACGAGAUGCUGGAGUCCUCGGACGGGAAGAUCUACCUGGUGAUGGAGCUGGCCGAGGGCGGGGACGUCUUCGAGCGGGUGGCGCGCGGCGGACCCCUGCCGGAGCCCGAGGCCCGGGCCCUCUUCCACCAGCUGGUAGCGGCCAUCCGCUACUGCCACGGCUGCGGGGUGGCCCACCGCGACCUCAAGUGCGAGAACGCCCUGCUGCAGGGGCUCAACCUGAAGCUGACCGACUUUGGUUUCUCGAAGGUUCUUCCAAAAUCUCGCCAGGAGCUGAGCCAGACCUUCUGCGGCAGCACGGCCUACGCCGCCCCGGAGGUGCUGCGGGGGGUACCCCACGACAGCACCAAGGGAGACAUCUGGAGCCUGGGCGUGAUGCUCUACGUCAUGCUCUGCGCCAGCCUGCCCUUCGACGACGCCGACAUCCCCAAGAUGCUCGGCCAGCAGCAGAAGGGGGUCUCCUUCCCCGCCCACCUGGGCAUCUCGGCCGAGUGCCAGGACCUGCUCGAGAGACUCCUGGAGCCGGACAUGAGCCUGCGGCCCUCCAUCGAAGAAGUUAGUUGGCAUCCCUGGCUGGCAACCACUUGAUGAAAGCAACGGCAAGAACUCCCCAAUAAAGCUGGGGAGGAAAAAAAUCAAA